UGUGCUGUGACACAGGACAAUUUGAAUAGGGGCGAGCUUCCUCACCUGUCUCACCUUACCUCUUCAAACAAACGGCUCCGUUUGAAACUCUACCCCAACCGAAUUCACCGAAUUCCACCAGGAAACCAACCGCAAAUGAUAGAAAAGAAAAGGUGGUCUAAACAAAGUAUUUGUUAGGCCUAUCUCCAAGCCAAUUUAGAGACAUGGAGCCGACGUACCGCGGUCUAGGGCGCUGUUCCUGCGCCUUUUGGUUGGCAGUGUCCUUCGACAUAUUCGGGCUGCUUGUUCUUUUGAUCGGUGUUUUUGCGGACAUAUUCUUCUAUGACUUUUUAAUCUACGCCGGGGCCAUCAUCAUCUUCCUCAGCCUCGUCUGGUGGGUGUUCUGGUACACGGGCAACAUCGAGGUCCCCCCGGAGGAGCUGGAGGAUGACGUAGGGCUCUUGAAGAAGGAGCGGGGCAUCGCAGGUGCGGUGAGGCGGUUAUCCAGCCGUCUCUCCAACAGUGUCAGGAACUCUCUGCGGCGGAAUGGAGGCCCCCCCCGCGGGGUCGCGAGAAGGGCAGGGACCGGGCUGUCUACGACUCACAUGAGGGAUGCCCAACAGCAACCGAAGCCCCCGCCUGUCGUAUUGACGAUGGUGCCGCUUGAUGAGGACAUGCACACGGUGUCUGCAUCCGUGGACACAGGCAUACCUGUCCCGAACACAGCUACAGAGACCUCGGCCAUAUGAUGCGCAAUGCGCACAAGAGAGAGGAGGGAACCAGCAAGAAGGAGGGAAAAAACUAUCUCUGGAAGAUGGCUACCAAGAGAGAGAAGCUAAUCACGAAGAACCAUUAAGAUGGUGACAAAACCGUGACUUUUGUUGUAGUUUAAAGAUAAUCGUAUUGUGUUCCUGUUCCAUCUGGAGAAGAAGAUGUAUGGUUUUCCUUGGGAGAUUUUCAUUGAUUAUGUUGAAGUGUUUGUAUUGACCAUAAUCCCUCAAUAGAGAACUGUGUUCCAUCAAGAAACCAACUCCUGACUCGUUUAUUCCACCUU